AGCUCUCGCGAGACUCUGUGUUAUGUAGAACAGCUGACUGUGCUGGGUGGUGCUAUCGAGGGAGGGCUACCUAUUUCGAACUGUUACAAGCUUGAUAUAUCCAUAAUCGCUAAACAGCAUUUUCAGUUAUACUACUGUUUAGAUAUUGAUAAUACCUUCCACCACAACAUGGCUGAGACGGACCCCAAGUCGGUGCAGGACCUUACCAAUGUGGUCCAGACACUGCUGCAACAGAUGCAGGACAAGUUCCAGACCAUGUCAGACCAGAUCAUCGGAAGGAUUGAUGAGAUGAGCACGCGUAUUGAUGAUUUGGAGAAGAACAUCUCCGACCUGAUGACCCAGGCUGGAGUUGAAGAGAUUGAGGCGGCACCGGAGAAGCCUAAAGAUGGUCAAGGCUCCUAAUGAAGGUUCCUAAGUAACACGGAGUGAAGUCGACAGGAGACUUUUUCCAUUUGGAAAAUUGACUAAUAUUGAUUUGGUGUGUCGUUGUGUGAAAUGCUUUUUUAUAUAUGGAUUAUUGUUAUGAAAUGACUUGAAAAGUUAUUCGUAAACUAGAAUAGUGUGAUAUGCCCUUCAGAACUUUAAACGCUCACGUGCAGAAAUGCAACUUAGGGAUUUUGUUGUGCACUGGCCCCAGAGGUUAUUGGAUCAUAUAUCUUAGAUGGAUAAAUCCCAUGAAGCCAUGACUGAUGGGAAUGUUUUGCCUGUGCUGGGAAGUACAACAUGCAGGCCAGUGGAACCUCCAUCCGUACCAACAUGGGCGCAGUGAACAUCUGAAGCCUGUAGCGUUAACAGAGCACUGUUAGUACCAGGGUGUGGGAUGCAUUCCAAUUUCAGCUGAUUUUCUUCUAUUAAAGCUAUUUAAUACAAUGCUGUCUGUCAUGUAUUACAUAAUUCAUAUUUGACAAGGUGCUGAGUGAAUUUUAAAAAAUAUUAACUCCUAGGUGCUCAGUGUUUUUCUGUAUUGAUUUGUUUAAGCCAGAGUUGUAUUUCAUCAUGCAAGUGAUCUGGAAUGUCUCAUGUUAGCAUGUUUGUUUUGGGUCUAUAAUGUGUUGAAAUGCAAUUCAUUAUUACACUAAACGAAGCUGGAAAAUGGUGAAGUUACCUUCUUAACAGGGUGUUUCUAACUGACCAUGAUCCUGCAGAAAUGUCCACUGAAGAGAGUCACUUUACUGUGUUGUAGGAACCUUUAUUCAAAUGAGUGAAAACAGUGUACAAAGAAAACAAGCAACAGAACUAAGUGCCAAAAGCAUUAGACAAAUGCACAGCUGUAAACGAAACGUGUCACACUAUCACAUGAAGUCUCCAGUAAUUUAAUAUGAAUGCAAUAUUAAAGUUCUGUAUGUAUUACACAGUCAUUGGUUCCUUAUCUGCAAUUACCAUCAUCUAGUGAGACUGGGGUUUUUCGAGGCUUAAAGUUAGAACUCAAAGUCCGCCUCCGUCAUGUCGAGGGCCCAGGCAAACUUGUCCCUCUGGCUCUUAUUGUAGAUUUUAUCUAUGGGUACGACCAUGUUCCGACACCUGAAAAAAGAUACGAUUGUUUAGCAUACUCUGCAAAAUAAAUACAGCUGAAAUCA